GACAGCCUCCUGCCCGGGAUUCUCCAGAGUCUGACUCUUGUUGGAUCGUGAGAAACUACUUUGACUAAAGUGCGUUUUACCCCAAUAAAUAUUGUAAAAUAAACUGUAGAACAGCUGAACAUACGCAUAGAACGCUGUUAAUGACAGUGAUUGGUUGGGUAAGUUAAUAUGUUUAAAACACAUGACGUUGUCUGGAAAGUGUUAGUCACUGUUUUACUUUAGUCACUGCUCACUGAGUUGAAAUGCAAAAUGGCUAAGAUUGUGUUUAGACAUGAAUGAGCAUUGGCCUCCACCCACUGCAAAAACAGGUUUUAUAGCAGCUCAACUUCUUUAUGAGGAAGUCAAACUGAGACUCAUUCGCUGCCAGAGAGUAAAAUGGCUCAGACAGGAGUUCAGUUAAAUCAGAAAACCUUCUCUUGUUCCAUCUGUCUGGAUCUACUGAAGGAUCCAGUGACUCUUCCCUGUGGACACAGCUACUGCAUGAACUGUAUUACAACAUUCUGGGAUGGAGAAGACGGUAAGAGACUCUACAGCUGCCCUCAGUGCAGACAGACCUUCACACCGAGGCCUGUCCUGGUGAAAAACACCAUGUUAGCAGAGUUAGUGGAGCAGCUGAAGAAGACUGGACUCCAAGCUGCUGCUGCUGAUCACUGCUAUGCUGGACCUGAAGAUGUGGCCUGUGAUGUCUGCACUGGGAGGAAACUGAAAGCUGCCAAGUCCUGUCUGAUGUGUCUGGUCUCUUACUGUGAGACUCACGUCCAGCCUCAUUAUAAUUCCUCUGCCUUUGAGCAACACAAGCUGGUGGAGCCCUCCCAGAAGCUGCAGGAGAACAUCUGCUCUCGUCACCACAGAGUGAAGGAGCUUUUCUGUCGUACUGAUCAACAGUGUAUCUGUUAUCUCUGCCCUAUGGAUGAACAUAGAGGCCACGACACAGUCUCAGCUGUAGCAGAGAGGACUGAGAGGCAGAGAGAGCUCGAAGGGAGUCGACAGGAAAUCCAGCAGAGAAUCCAGGACAGAGACAAGGAGGUGAAGGUGCUUCAACAGGAGGUGGAGGCCAUCAGUCGCUCUGCUGAUCAAACAGUGGAGAACAGUGAGAAGAUCUUCACUGAGCUCAUCCGUCUGAUGGAGGAAAGAAGGUCUGAGGUGAAGCAGCAGAUCAGAUCCCAGCAGGAAACUGAAGUGGGUCGAGUCAAAGAGGUUCAGGAGAAGCUGGAGCAGGAGAUCACUGGGCUGAAGAGGAGAGACGCUGAGCUGGAGCAGCUCUCACACACAGAGGAUCACAUCCAGUUUCUACACAUCUACCCGUCACUGCCAGCACUGAGUGGAUCCACACACUCAUCCAGAACCAACACCCGUCCUCUGAGAUACUUUGAGGAUGUGACACCAGCUGUGUCAGAGCUCAGAGACCAACUACAGGAGGUUCUGAGGAAGACGUGGACAAACAUCUCAGAGACAGUGACUGAGGUGGACGUUUUACUGUCAGAACCAGAACCAGAACCCAAGAGCAGAGCUGGGUUCUUAAAGUAUUCAUUUGAAAUCACAUUGGAUCCAAACACAGCAAGCAACUGGUUGUUAUUAUCUGAGGGGAACAGAAAAAUAAUGCAUAUCAGUAAACCACAGUCUUAUUCUAAUCAUCCAGACAGAUUCACUGAUUGGUGGCAGGUUCUGAGCAAAGAGAGUUUGACUGAACGUUGUUACUUUGAGGUGGAGUGGAGAGGGACUGGAUUAGUUACAAUAGCAGUCGCAUACAAGAACAUCAGCAGAGCAGGAUGUGGGCUUGAAUGUGGAUUUGGACGUAAUGAUAAAUCCUGGGCAUUAAUGUGUUACAACACCAGUUAUGAAUAUUGGUACAACAACAUCUUCACUCCAGUAUCAGGUCCUCCAUCCUCCAAAACAGGAGUGUACCUGGAUCACAGAGCAGGUCUUCUGUCCUUCUACAGUGUCUCUGAAACCAUGACUCUCCUCCACAGAGUCCAGACCACAUUCACUCAGCCUCUCUAUGCUGGACUAUGGGUUUAUAAUGAUGAUGCCACAGCUGAGAUCUGUAAACUCAAAUAAACUCAAGUCAUUUAAGAUGCAGCAGGUUAAACUUGACUUCAUCUUCAUCCUGUAAUUCUUCACACUUGUUGUCGCUGUCCCAUCUGUACAUAUUUCAGACUACUGGAGUACAGGUCCGACCCUGGCCAAGGUGGCGCCUACAGUAGGUGAGAUCAUUAUUUUGCGCCCUCUACUCACGUACACUACUUGUUGCUGUGCUAACAAAAAAGUAAAUAUGAGAAGACAGUCCUGUGUUGUGGCCUGCUGCACAUUUCUGUGACAGUUUUAUGAUGGAGGUCAACCUAUGAUUUGGCACUUGACCUGCUGAUUUAUUAUUACCUUGGUUGCAUUUACCACUUCAAUAUAAGAAAUAGAAACAAAACCAUAUUUAAUUUGUUGAUUCUAAGAGUAAAGUAGAACACACUUGGCCAAUGUGCACUGUUGUUGUAAUGUUUUUAUGCAAUAAAGUUACUUUAUAAAAUA